AUCACAUAAACGCGACAGGAUCGUUUUCAAAUAUAGAGUCAAUUUCAACUGCCAUUACUACCAACUUGGAAUUCCAUUCGCUUGCUUCGGAUUUUUCUAUGCAUUCGCUGCAAAAGUGUCCAAUCUAGUCAACUCCUAUAAUGCUUGGUAUACUAAUAUCAUCCUCAAUCAAACCUGAACUCCAUCCAUGCGGGUUAACAUGCUAAGGAACCCGUGUCUGUAUGCUACAGAAUGAAAUCUUCGGCCUACUCCGCUUCCCAACGCGCAUUUCUUUUCCUGUUUCCCUUCCUUUCAAAGUCGAGCUCGUUCUGUUAUGUCUGGUCGCGUGUCGAAUACAUCCUGGACCGCCUCAACCCGGCCAUCGGCCCCUUCGUCUUCUUCAUCUACGGUGAACAGAUCCAUGCUCGGCUCUUGCCAAGAGUGUCGGUUCUGCACAUGGAUCCGGCUACCUCGCCUACCACUCCGCCUCGUCGCCUCUCGUGCCCUCGCGACGACCGCCUGCGCAUGCCCGAGUGUGGGUUCCGGCGCAGCGAUGAUGGCGAUCGACGGCACGACCACGGCACUGUCUGCCUUCGAGACCGCAGCGUUCUCCGUCCCCGCGGCCGACUUCUCCGCACCAGCGUCCUGCUUCGGUCGGUGGUAGAUCUCAUGCAGCGAGCCGUGGUUGCCCGCCACGUAUCGUGCCCAGCGUCGAGCCAGGGAGGUUCGGAGCCGUGUAGAGUUCGAGUGGAAACCGUGUUGCUCGGACGGGAGGAUCCCGGCGCUCAUGGCGAGGGGGUCUUCGUCCUCGGCGAGGGUAAUAAAGUGCGCGAAAGGAUCCUCGUUGAUGUCGGGGAGGUGGUCCUGUGGCGGUUGAUGAGGGUGAGUGAGACUCUCUCGGGGGAGCAAAGGGGGCCAGGAAAACGUGCGGCGGUGCUUCCGAUCGUGAUGCAUCUUGAACGAUGUGGAUAGCGGACUUCGAGCUGCAAACGACGGUUUGGAACGGAUAAGGAUAUUGCCUGGAAAAGUACGAUUCUCAGAACUAUUAAAAGACCCGGCCUGAGGCCGGCCGAUGAGCGCGCUCGACGAAGUAACGACGGAAAUCUGCAACGCAAUGGGCUCAGUAACGACUGGUGAUGGCCAGGAAGGAAAAUCGGGAACAGAUUUGGGGGCGAGCAUGGCGGAUUUAUAUGUAUGCAUGACCCUAACGAUGCAGACGUCAGAGCCGCGUGCAAGACCUAUUCGUCCCUUAAGGCGGAGCACGCGCAACGGGUUGCGACAUCUCCACCUUUUAUGAAUCACUCCAGGCGGACGCACGUGUGCUGCCUAUCACGG